AAAGAAAGAAAGCCGAGAGGCCGUAAUCUUCAAAAUCGAGAUAAUAAUUAUGAUUGUCGCUGGUUCGGGCGGUGUAAAAUUUACUCAUUUUAUACGUUCACGUAAAUAAUUUAAUCGAAAAGAAAAUGGCACGCUCGGUUUGAAUAGGGCGAAAUAAUAAUAUUGAAAAUAGGCAAAGGACUGGAUCGCAUCGGGGUCGGGGUUAUUCGUGGACCGUAAGGCGAUAGCGAGUGGCAACACUGUCGGCGGAUUCGGCCUGGCCUCUCCUCGUCAGGGGGCCAGAUCUGGAAGUUGUGUCGGCUCCGUUUCUUGAUCCCUGUGAAAAAUGCCUACCGCAUCCGUAGGAAGGCUUGAGAAACAGGCGUCCAUCGACGCCUGGGAGCCCCUACGACAGGGGAUAACGAUGAUAGAACACAAAAUAAGGAACCUCGAGAAAAGAAAGGCAAGGCUUGAUUCAUGCCGGGACUUGCAGAAAAGUGGAAAAGAUUUAAACAGCGACCAAGUUGAAGCUAUUUCCAAAUAUGAUGCAGUGAUACAGCACCUAGAUUUUGCCAGGGAACUUUCAAAACAACUUACUGCUUUGGCUAACGACUCAACAAAAACACUAAAGAAACAGGCUCGAAAGGAAGCUGCAGAAAAGGCUCAACAAGAUUUCAACAGAACAAAAGAAAUACUAAUUAUCCAGGUAUUUAAAAAACAACAUUUAUUACAGUUUAAAAUAAUAAUUUUAUUUUUGUUUUAUUUAUUUUCCUUCGGCCAGUCACGCCCCUCUGCAACACAAUUAGAAAUACGAGAAUUAAAAAAUUUAUUUUGUUCCAUAAAUGGUUUGCUGUUAUUUCUUACUGAAAAGGAGAAUGAACUUGAUACACCAGAGUCAGGAGAGCAGCCUUCUUCGAUACCCACAAUGACAUACACAAACCAGAAUUAUGGGGCUCCUAUGGUGGAUCAUCAUCCUGUUGUACAACCACCACCUGCUGAGGCGCAACAGUAUCAAAACCAGCAAACUGAUGAAGAAAAAGGAUGGAAAACAGUGACAUCAAACUCAAUUGAGACAACUGUUAUCGAGGCUACUAGCUCACCCGUUGUGCAAAACACUAAUGCUUGGACCAACAAUUCAACACUUGUUAUGGAUCAGACACAGAACCGCCAAAGGCAAAACAGUAACAGUGGUGGUGCUGGAGGGGAAGACUGGGCUUCACAGACGGAACAUUGGCAACAAGCACAACAAAACACUAAUGACGGAUUUAUACCAGCAGGAGGAAACAGAGGAAGAGGAGGUAGAGGACGAGGAGGUGGUGGAGGAGAUAGGAAUAACAAAGGGGGCUUCCAAAAAGGUGGAAGAGGUGGUUCUAAUCAAUCAGGAAGAGGAGGUUUUAACAGAGAAGGAGGAUUCAGAGGUGAUAGGAGCGAAGGUGGAUAUAGAGAUAGAGGAGAAGGCUACAAUAGAGAGUCUGGAGGAUACAGGAAUGAUGGCGGAUAUUUCAACAAAGAUCAAAACUCAGGAGGUGGUGGCAGCUACCAAAAUGGAUACCAAAGUGGAGCUCGUGGUGGAGGUGCCAGGAGUAACAGGUCCAACCAAUCAACUGAUCGGCCAGGAGGUGGAAGAGGAGGUAACCGUGGGGGAAGAGGUAGUGGCAGUUACAGAGGUGGAAACCCUUCAGGGAAUUACCGGCAACAGCAAGUUCAAUAGAGGCAUAAAAGCUAUGAACAAGUGAUUUGUGUGAAGUGUCUUUGUGGGAAGUGUGGAAAAGAGAGUGUACUUAAUUCAACUCCGUUAUAAAUUUAAGGGUAGGGUGGGGUAAGAGGGUUUGUAUUUAUAAAGUCAAGAAAGCAGAAGAGGCAAUUUUCACAGGGAUGAAAAGAAACCAGUUGCAAUUAAAAACAAAUGAUUGGCUAUUGACAACUAACGGAGGCUGACUCUCUUUUCCAUUUUUCUUUUCUUUGUUUUGUUUUUAUUUUCUCUAAACACCUAACAUUACAAAAACGCUUUUCACACACUUUUACACAAACACAUGUGCACAUUUACCAUCACACCUGUUGGUAAUUGAAUGCGAAUAUAAA